UUACACUAAGAGGAAGUGCAGCUCCUGAACAGCUUCUGCUUGCAACAGGAGAAAAUCUUCAGUGCGAACCGUGUCUGCUCACAUAACCGAGCACAUUUCAGCGAACUAUUCAUAUAGUUUCUCCGAGACGAAGAUAUCGAUGGGCAUUUCUUUUCAAAAACAACUCCGUCUAUUCAGAGAUCUUGAGGUUCUUUGAGAUUGUAAGGAUUUAGUGAACUAUGCUGGACGGCCAUGAACAGUCUUUUUCAGAAACUCGAAUGCGGAUGCGUUGCGCUAACAGCUGAAUCGGGGGACGUCAAGAUGAUAAGCAAGAACACCAAUAGUUUCUUUCCUUUCUAACGAAUUUAACGAAAGCUGGAUUUGUGUCAGUGUGUGUUUUUUACUUUAACCCACGGAAGUUUUAAUGUAGAAACAGUCUAACCGCGUCGACAUGAAUAUUUAGUUGAGCUAACUGUAGCGCGCGCUCACUGGCGGUGCUCGUGUUUUGGACAGGCAGCUAAAGUGAGUUAGCCAUGAAAAUGAAGUUCCGCAAGAUUUAGCUGCUUGGUGUUUUGCAUGAUUUGUUUGUCAAAUCUGGUCGCGUUUUUUUCCUUUGAGUUAAAAUGAUGUAUGUCUGUUUUACAUUGUGUCACCAAAAACAGUUCGAAUGUAACCGGUAGCGUUACAUUUCCUUUUUUCCGUCGCGUUAAUCGGUCGUGAGAAUCGCGAAGCUAAACUCGAGCUAAUUUCCUUUCGAGCGCCCCCUCACUCUUCACCAGAUCCUCACCAGAUCCUCACUCAUCCAGCUAGAUUAUAGAACAUCUAACUCAUUUCCCACUGCGUAGCGCUUUCUGUCUCAUACACGUUUCUUAUUAUAGUGCUGGUUUUCAUACAGGAGAGAAUGUCGGGGUUGUAAACUUAUAGACACUCCAUAUUUUCAACAAUUUGCUCGGCAGCUGCGAGAUUAAUCCGUAUUGUAAAUAUAAAAGUCGUAGAAAAAAAAAUCUCGUAGAACUGGAUCAAGUCGGGUGUUUGAUCGGACUUACACUUUUCUCUGUGGUCACGUAAAUGAUGGAGGAGCGAUAGCUGUGAUGGUGCACAUGAAGUUGUUGUCUACUGCUCAUUCAGCGAACUGUAGUUGAAGCCUGAGCGCUGAUAGAGAACCAGAUAAACAGCCCACGCGCCUGUUUGGUUUAGCUGUCGGAGCCGGAUAUACGGAGCUCGCGUGUUAACCAGCCUGUCGAUAGCCAUUAUUUCUCUUGUCAACAAGGUCUGGUUGGUGAAAAUUGACAAGUCGCAUUAUCUCCACCCGAGAGCUGCACCGAAAGAAGGAGAAGUGGGGUUUAAUAAGCGCGUCGUUUUAGCAGGUUAAAUAUCUGUCCUGAGUCCCCGGGAUUUGAGCAGAACAGCGUUAGCAGACUCACAGUCGUCGCCCAUUUUCUUAUUAUUUUGACACCUUGCAAGUGAGCUGUUUGGGUUUUUUUUCCACCCACUUGAACCAAUUUUUCUCUCUCACUUAAACCGGAAUUUUAAAUACAUAUAGGUACGGGUCUUAUUGUGUUUUUUUUGUUUUAAAUGUGUGUUAUUUUACACAAUGUGUAUUUAAAUGUUACUCGAGGCGAGAGAAGCGGUGUAGAGCAGCACACGCUAGCUGGAUUAGCCGCUCGCAGGAUAUUUGCUGUGUGAAUUUGCGUUUGGUUUGAUUUUGACAGCCUUAAACCAGCAGGUGGGUUCUCGCAAUACGCUCAGUGUAAAGGGGUGGGGGCCCGAGUACUAUUGAAUAAGAAUUAUUAUAGUAAUAUGUAGGUAGGAUUCGAUUGGUUGCACUUUGCGUUUAAGCUGCAGUUGUUGUUUUUUACUGUCAGAAAUCCCAGUGCGGAUUAACCCUGCAGGUCGCUGUAGAGACUCCUCGCUUUCGUGUGAAUCGUGUGUUAUUUGUUACAAUGCCUGUUUUCUGAAGAUCGGCUAACAGACACGACAGAACACGGCCUGGGCUUUAUCGAUGUUCGCCCUCGCCCAGGACUCCUGCACUGCCACCGUGCUCUUGGUUUUGUGUUGAUCACCUCGCUGUUUCUUUUGCGAUUUCAUUGUCCUCCGUCACAUUCCCGCGGCUGUUUCUACAUCUAUUCGAUUGAGCCACGGUCGAAGAUGGCGGACCUAGAGGCAGUCCUCGCCGAUGUCAGCUAUUUGAUGGCGAUGGAGAAGAGCAAGUCGACUCCAGCGGCCCGAGCAAGCAAGAAAAUUAUUCUUCCUGAACCCAGUAUUCGGAGUGUGAUGCAGAAGUACUUGGAAGAGAGAGAUGAACUCGCAUUUGACAAAAUCUUUAAUCAGAAAAUUGGGUUCCUGCUAUUCAAGGAUUUUUGUAUGAACGAAAUAGAUGAGGCUGUUCCCCAGCUGAAGUUCUAUGAAGAGAUUAAAGAAUAUGAAAAGUUGGACUCUGAAGAGGAGAGACUUAGUCGCAGUCGGCAGAUAUACGAUGGCUACAUAAUGAAGGAGCUCCUGUCAUGUUCACAUCCCUUCUCUAAGAAAGCGGUGGACCAUGUACAGUCUCACCUGGCUAAGAAACAGGUGCCCCCAUCACUUUUUCAGCCAUACAUUGUUGAAAUCUGUGACAGCCUGCGAGGAAAGAUCUUUCAGAAGUUCAUAGAAAGUGACAAGUUCACUCGUUUCUGCCAGUGGAAGAAUGUAGAGCUAAAUAUCCAUUUAACAAUGAACGACUUUAGUGUUCAUCGGAUCAUUGGUAGAGGUGGAUUCGGAGAGGUGUAUGGCUGCAGGAAGGCAGACACAGGAAAAAUGUAUGCCAUGAAGUGUUUGGACAAGAAGCGGAUUAAGAUGAAGCAGGGUGAGACCCUGGCACUCAAUGAGAGAAUCAUGCUGUCGUUGGUCAGCACAGGGGACUGUCCAUUUAUUGUGUGUAUGACUUAUGCGUUCCAUACGCCUGAUAAGCUGUGUUUUAUCCUGGACUUAAUGAAUGGUGGGGAUCUCCACUAUCAUCUUUCUCAACAUGGAGUGUUUAGUGAGAAGGAAAUGCGCUUCUAUGCAGCAGAAAUUAUCCUGGGUUUAGAGCACAUGCAUAAUCGUUUUGUUGUCUACCGUGACCUUAAGCCUGCCAACAUCCUCUUAGAUGAGCAUGGCCAUGUUCGCAUCUCUGACUUGGGCUUGGCCUGCGAUUUCUCUAAAAAGAAACCCCAUGCUAGUGUGGGUACCCAUGGCUAUAUGGCACCAGAGGUUCUGCAGAAAGGGACAGCAUAUGAUAGCAGCGCUGACUGGUUUUCACUUGGCUGCAUGUUGUUUAAACUUCUGCGAGGGCACAGUCCAUUCCGGCAACACAAGACCAAAGAUAAACAUGAGAUUGACCGCAUGACACUUACUAUGAAUGUAGAGUUGCCAGACUCCUUCUCAUCUGAACUCAAGUCUCUGUUGGAAGGACUGCUACAAAGAGAUGUGGCUAAGAGGUUGGGCUGCCAGGGUCAGGGUGCUUCAGAAGUGAAGGAACAUCUGUUCUUCAAAGGAAUCGACUGGCAACAGGUCUAUCUCCAGAAGUAUUCUCCACCACUGAUUCCUCCUCGUGGAGAAGUGAAUGCUGCUGAUGCCUUCGACAUUGGCUCUUUCGAUGAGGAGGACACCAAAGGCAUAAAGCUGCUGGACAGUGAUCAGGAGCUCUAUAAAAACUUUCCCCUGGUGAUCUCGGAGCGCUGGCAGCAGGAGGUGGCCGAGACAGUGUAUGAGGCAGUCAACAGUGACACGGAUAAGAACGAAGCACGCAAGCGAGCCAAGAACAAGCAACAAGGCCAUGAGGAAGACUAUGCUCUGGGCAAGGACUGCAUAAUGCAUGGCUACAUGCUGAAACUUGGAAAUCCAUUUCUUACUCAGUGGCAGCGCCGGUAUUUCUACCUGUUUCCAAACCGUGUAGAAUGGAGAGGAGAAGGCGAGUCCAGGCAAAACCUGUUAACAAUGGAGCAAAUAGUGAGUGUUGAGGAAACACAGAUCAAAGACAAGAAAUGCAUCCUCCUGAGGAUCAAAGGAGGGAAACAGUUUGUUUUGCAGUGUGAGAGUGACCCAGAGUUUGUACAGUGGAAGAAGGAGCUUAACGAAGCGUUCACAGAGGCCCAGAAACUGCUGCGUCGUGCUCCUAAAGUAAUCGGCAAGGGUCGUGCCGGUGUGGUGGAACUGUCCAAACCACCUCUCACACACCGCAACAGCAACGGCCUGUGAGCCACUGAUGUCUUUAGCCCCAACCCUCCCUCAUAAUCAUGCAUUCUUUUACACUUGCAGACAUUGCACCACUUGUUUAAAUUUAUCCUCCAUCUCUGCCACCACCAAUAAAGCAUAUAAAUGUUUAAAAACAGCCCUCCGCAAGGACUGUUUAAAGUUCUACUUGACUUUUCAUCUGUCUAGCACACACUCAUCCAAAUUGACACACUGGGCAGUUGUCAUUCCUAGACAGCAGUGAAGGACCAAUGUUGAUGUCGGUGCUGAAUGAAGACAUUUAUGUGGACAAGAUUGAACUCAAAUGAGGCAUACAGUGACAUUGUGUCCUUGCUCUGCUCUUUGCUUUUCAUCUCUCUCGCUUAAUCUGUGAACUUCCUCUUCUUUACUCAGUGUUCUCCCCAGGCAGGGCCUGGCAUCAGCUGUCCCUUUACCCAAGCGCACAUGUACGUAGACUGCAAUGUGAUGCUGUGGGAAGCUGAAUCCUGUCCUCCUGCUGCUCUUUCCUCUACUGUGAAUGUGUUGGUCUCUGUAUGCUCAGGAUAAAGCUCUCUGUGUGAAGAUGCAGAUAGUAGGCCACAUGGGUCUAUGCAUGCAGAGAUAGUAGGCUGCAUGCUGUUCUAAGUCAGCACUAAAGCCACCACAGUGGAAGCUGGUAGAAUGUCUUUGUCUAAACUUCAAGAGCUCAGUAAUAGUCAAAAAUAAAAUGGCAAUGCUAAGGUCUAGUUUGAUGUAAUGUGUUUCAAAAUAGAUUUUACAACAUUGCCUCUGUUGUACCUUUUUGUAAUAUCCAGGGACACCUUGAUUGGUUUAUUUCUUGAAAUUCAUUAGGGUUGAUUUUUAGUAUAAAAUAAUGUUGGAAGUCAGAGGUGCCCAGCUGCAGUCUUGGAUCACCAGAGUUCAUAUUUUCCCUGCUCAGACACCUGUUUUAAAUCACCAGUAUCUUUUGAGGGUAUGUUAAAGCAGAGAAAUCACCAAAUCCUCCUUGAUUUCAGCUUUUAAGGACUGCAGCUGAAUGCCUUUGCCUUUAAAUUUCUUGUUUGUUUGUUGUUUUUUUUUUUUGCAUUGUGAUUGGUGGACUGUGGUGGUUGGGCUGUUGUGAUCUUUUCCACUUCCCUUCUCUACACACAUUGUGAUGUUCUGCACCGAGGAUCUGUCAGUGAUCAAGGAUACACUUUUUAAUGAGAGGAGUUGAUAGUAAUAACUCUGUAAGAGUGGGAAAUUUGACAUUCGGCCCUUUGAGCGAUCAAAUUUAAAUUAUUUUGCUGACUGAGCACUUGCAUGCAGCAAUGUGUAUUUUGUGUGUGCAUGGAUGUAUGUUUGGUCACUUAAUUGUGAUAGGGCUUUAAAUUUUGGCCAGUGAAAGUAUCCAUACACAUCAUUCCCUUUGUUGUGCUAUUGUGUGCCUCAAGAGAAAAAUAUUUCACUGGUUAAUAAUGAAAAUGAAAUGCCACACUCUUUUCCCCAUAAUGCCUCAAGCCCGCUGCACCGUCUUCAAACUCUGAACUCCAUCCCUACUCAUUGAAGUUCAAAAAAGUGCCAACACCGAUAGAAAUCUUCGAGCCAAACCUGCUUGUCUUCAGCAUGACUUCAGUGAAAUUUAAGGAAAUAUGAGGAAAGAACCAAAACAAACUGCAUUUUCCCUGUUUUGUGUGCCCACCUUUUCCAGGAAUGCUUUGUUAGACAAGACAAUGUGCAACAAAUUGAAAAGACAGGUUGGAAAAAAGCAAGUAUCUUUGCACAGUCCUGAUCUGACUUUAUAUAUAAGCAGUUCUUUCUCUGUGCAUCUGUAGUAUACCCUUCUUGUAAGAUGUUUGCAUAUAUGGGGGAUUAUUCUGUCUGUACUUCUGUUCUUUUGUCUUGGAUUUGGGGAAAGGGUGGGUUGGGUUUGAUGGCGCUCCAAUCGUUCAUGCAUACCUCAGGGUGAGAUACAAGUGUGAAAAACUAAAUGACUGCAAAAUGGCUUCUCUCAUAGUGAGGUACAUGUUUCUCAUCUUGGCCACACCCUGCAUGUGUUAGUGUUGCCAUCAUUCAGCUGCAGGUAGACAGACUGUUAUCAGCACUGCACAUAUGCGAUAUUCUCCAUCCCCGAGUGAGGACAUUGACAACGGUUUUUGAGAAAAAGCUGAGCUACAGGGACAGUGGGGAAAACAAACUUAAACCAUUUGUUGUAAUGCUUGAUUUCAGUAUAGUUUAAUUUUUUAUAUUGUUUUGAAUGUGACAAAAUGCAAAUUUCUAAUAGACUUUUUGAAAUACAUGCAUUUUUGACUGGCAGAAAAGAGCACAGCUUAAAAGGCAGUUUUGAACAGUGGAUUUUUUUUCGUUUAGUUUAUUUUUUUCUUCUGUUUGUAUAUUUCAGGUUUUCCAUGCAAUAGCUUUUUUUUUUUUCUUUUUUUCUUUUUUUUUUUUAUAUAAGUGGUUCUUUCCAUGCUUUUUAAAGGAAAACUUUUGAUUUGCAUGUGAUGCUGACUUUUGCAAAUGUAUGUGUAGCUUUUAAGUGUCAUGGAGGUGCCAUCCUAGAGAAAGAUUUAAAUAUUCCUUUUUUCUUUUUUUCUAUUUUUCUUUUUUUCUUUUAAAAAAACAAAAUAGUUUGGACAUUUAAGUGAAAUCACUGUACCUCCAGACUUCACUAGCUAACAGAUAUGUGCCAAAAGACUGUAGGAAAUUGUCUUAAAUCAGUAAAAAAAAAAAAUGUUUGUGUGUAUAGCACUGAUCACAAUUCUCCAUUUCCAUUCCCUUCAAACCAAAAUUGGUACGUUUUACAGGGAAGUUUAUGAUUUUUGAGAGAAUGGUACAAACGUGACCAAAUUUAGGUGGUCCAGUGGGAGGAGAUUUUGAUGUCAUUAACACACUGAAAAGUGGCUAUCCACUAAGUGAGCUGCCAUCACUGGCACCUGUCAAGAAAGGCAUUUUUCCUUACCCAGUUCUCAAAGAAGGAGCACCUCCAACAAUCCUGAAUAUCCAUGUUUUAUUUCAGGGGUUUUUAUAUUUUAUUUUAAUUUUUAGCUUUUUAUUCAUGAUGUUGAGGUUUGCCUCAUUCAAAUGCUUGUGUGUCUGUUCUUGUAGGGGUAGGUUUGUAUGGAAAAGCAGGUAUCAAAAUGGCAGUUAACAAAAUACAACAAAUAGGAAUAAAAAAGAAAAAUGUGUGUAUGUACACACACACAUUAUAUAUAUAUAUAUAUAUAUAUAUAUAUAUAUAUAUAUAUAUAUAUAUAUAUAUAUAUAUAUAUAUAUAUAUGUAUGUAUAUGUGUGUGUAUGUUAAUUAAAUGAAAUUAGAAAUGUCUUAGGUUUAUUUAAAGGGUAAAUAUCGAAACUAAAAGCCUGGAAUGGGUAUUGGGUUCUAUGUAAAUUUCAAAUAUUUGUGGUGAAGAAUCAGCUCAGAUCUUGCACAUAAAUUUAGAUAGUAUACCUACAGAUUAUUUUUUUGUCUGUUUAUUGCAAGAUUCUCUUGCCUUUUUUCAUAUUUAUUGUCUGGUUGGAGGAGAUAAUCCCUUUGUGCUAACUAUACAUGUACAUGUGUUUUGCUAGUGCGCGGAGCUGUAGAAGAUUGAUUUUUUUUUUGUUUGUUUUUUUUGUGCCACAAGCAAACACUUGUACUACUGUAUAGGUUAUUAUCAUUAAAAUGAAGGCAGUUAUUAUUAUUGAUGAAAAUAUCCAGUAAUUAUCGUUUCCCCCCAGAGAAUCUAGAAACAUGUGUUGGACUGCCAAUUAAAAGUUCAGAAAUAAAAGCCUUUUUUUCGUGUA